AUGGCCGCGCCAACAAAGCUCAGGAAGAGGGAUGAGAAAAGAAACCCAACGGAUACCCUCGAGAAAGAUGAAGUUGAGCUGCGAUUAGAGAAAGCCCUGUUUGGCGACAAUGCUGGCUUUUUGAGUUCUUUGGCUGCAGCGAAGCCACGGCAGGAGGAGGGAGCAUUAGUCCCUGCAUAUGAUGAAAGUGACGACGAAGAUGCAAGGCUUGAAGACGAACAAGAUGACCUAAACGAUGUUGCAGACGAGGACCUCUUUUUCCUUGACGCAGGAACCGGAGAACUUCCAAUAUCUGUCGCUAAGGAACUGGAGCACACCGAGCCAUUGCACGCUUCUCCCCAUGUACAGCCGACAUGGUACGAUAGCGAUGACGAUCGCAUCACGGUCUCACUCGCAUCAAACACUCGAUUACGCAAACUACGCGACACAGAGGCCGACGACGUCGUCAGUGGAAGGGAAUAUAUCCGGCGUCUUCGCAGGCAAUAUGAGAGUUUACAUCCCACACCAGACUGGGUGAAGUAUGCAAGGAAGAAGAGAAAGUUAUCUACACAAGACGAUGAAGACAAGGACACAGACUCGGACGUAUCGAUGGACGAAGGGGGAGACUCUCUUCCUUCUGCACGACCACUCUCUGAGCUUCUGCGCUCGGUAGGAUCAUUGACCUCCGCAGCCAACAAGCUCUCUCAAGACCGCCAGGGGUCCCGAAAGUUACGACCAGAAAUCAUCAGUAUACAGAGGAGGAAAGACGUCGCAGCCUCGGGUCCGUCGUCUAUCGACAGUCUACACUUCCACCCGUACUACCCCCUCCUUCUCGCGGCGGGUCCCAGUUCAACAGCUACAAUCUACCACAUUUCCCCUCACCCUCCCAAUCCCAACCCGAUUCUCACCUCAUUGCAUAUCAAAGGCAACCCCCUCCACACUGCUGCGUUCUGCCGCCCUUCAACCAGCGCGGCCGCCGUCCCGGAUACAGAGCACGAUCAGACGCGCAUCUUCCUCUCCUCUCGCCGGCGGUACUUCCACACGUGGUCCCUCUCCACGGGCGUGGUUAAGAAGGUCACCCGUGCGUUGUACGGCGACACACGCAAGGAGCAGAAGACGAUGGAAUCAUUCAAGAUCUCCCCUUGCGGUCGGUACAUGGGCCUGGUCGGGUCAUCCCGCAAGGGCGGCGGAAGCAUCAACGUGCUCUCGACCGAAACGAUGCAGUGGGUGUGUAGUUGUCGUGUCGACUCGCGAGGCGGCAUAGCGGACUUUGCGUGGUGGUCCAAUGGCAACGGGUUCGCCGUGGUCGGCAAGAACGGCGAAGUAAGCGAAUACGACAUCGACUCUCGCCGGGUCGUGGCACGCUGGAUCGCCGAGGGCGCCGUGGACACCACGGUGAUUGCGUUGAGCGGACAAACCUCCGGACGGGAGUGUCGUGGUGGAAGUCGCUGGGUGGCCAUCGGAUCCUCGAGCGGCGUCGUGGAUCUCUAUGAUCGUCGGGGAUGGACAACAGAAACAGAGACCGGCGAAGCUGGAGGUGUAGCUGUGCCUGCGGAUGAACGGCCUAAAGCGGCCCGUGUGCUCGACCAACUCGUCACGCCCAUCUCGCAUCUCGUCUUCUCCGACGAUAGCCAGAUGCUGGUCAUGGGCUCGAGAUUGAAGAAGAACGCCUUCAGACUGGUUCACCUACCGAGUUGUACCGUGUACAGAAACUGGCCGACGGAGAAGACGCUGCUGGGGAGAGUCAGUGCUGUUGCCUUGUCGCCUGGUCGGAAGUAUUUGGCUGUUGGCAACGACCAGGGAAGGAUCAAGUUAUGGGAAAUAAACGAGUAG